UAGCGAUCCAUACUUUUCGAAACCAAAAGUGAUCAUGAAUGCCUCGAAAGCACUAAGAUUUUUGAAACGUUCGGCUUCCGCUCGCCUUUCUCGGCCGCUUGCGUCCCGAACCCCGGCACCCCAUCGGUGCGGCACCGGUUCCUUUCUCGGCGCCCCGGUGUCGUCGGUGAAUGGAACCAACCGGGAAUUUUCGUCGAUGAUGUCCAUGGUAAAGGAGCUGAGAAGUGCCUCCGGGGCGCCGAUCGUGGACUGCAAGAAAGCCCUGUCGGAGAACGACGGCGACAUCGAAAAGUCGCUGGAUUGGCUCCGACAGCACGGAGCUGCGAAGGCGUCGAAAAAGCUCGGAGACAGAGACGCCGAAGAGGGUUUGGUGGCAUGCAUGGUCGCGGAGGACGGAAAGUCGGCGUCGAUUGUCAAGAUUUCUUCGGAAACAGACUUUGCCGGGAAAAGCGACGCGUUCGUUGGCCUUUCGUGCCACGUUGCGGGUGCGACACUGAACAGCACCUCACCAGGAAAUCUGGAUCCACAAUCCGAUGUUCUCGACCUCGAGUUCGAGUCAAAAUCCGUCAAAACUGCCCUCGAAGAUGCCAUCGUAGCGAUCCGUGAAAACCUGGGGGUGAAGCAGGCCGUCAAAAUGACCACCGGAGCCGAUGGCUUGCUCGUGGCGUAUGUUCACGGCAAAGCGAACGGAAGCAACCACGCCGGGUCGGCGGCCUCGGUUGUGGAGAUUUCGGGAGAAGGAGUCACAAGCAACCCAGACGCUGCCAACGAAGCUGGAAAGAAGCUAGCCAUGCACAUUGUCGCCGCAAAGCCUUCGUACCUGACUCCCGAGUGCGUUCCCGAAGACGUUGUCGCGAACGAAAAGGCGAUUCUAGCAGGCCAGGUACGUUACACACCAAACAUUCCACCUUGUUUUGUGUUGGAUAUCUCUGCACUGCAUUCCUGCAUCGAUCUUUUUACGUCGCCCCCUCGCAAAUGGUUUGUUGAUACACCUUUUUUUUCUUCGUUCCGUCGUCUUUCUUCUCCUCAGAUUGCCGACUCGAAUAAACCUCCAGAGGUUGUCGAAAAGAUCAUCAGUGGCCGAAUCCGGAAAUUCUAUUCGGAGGUUUGCCUGACUGAACAAGAUCACAUGGUCGAGGAAGGCAAUGCCAAAGUCUCCAAAGCUUUAAAGGAGAAAGGACUCGUCGUCAAAUCAUUUGAAAUAUUCUCCAUCUAGAAAAACUUCAUUUGAGGACGAAUUAGGAAGUUUCUGAAACAUAAUCUUGUUUUCUUCGUGCAAUCCGGUAUGAUCAUGAUCCAAUAGCAUAGUGCAUUAAUACCACUAU